GGGAGCAGGAGGGCCUGAGCCGCUGCGGGAGGCUAGGAGGAAGCGGCGCGUCUUGGGAGGCGUGCGGGACACAGACGGGCGAACGUUCGGUUGCUGGGAGCUGCGGGGCUCCGGGCGAGGAAUCUGCGGGCUUUUGUGGGACCACUGUCGGGCUACCAAAUGCCAGCUUACUUCGCGUGCUCUGGCAGGUUCUGGGGCAGGUGACGGCACUUUGACCUAUCACUAUGGAGGGAGAUGGACUUUUUGAUGAAGAAAUCCGAAGUAUCUUCACCAGUCAGGAUGUUUUGGCUGUCUUGGGUUUUGACAAAACCUGCCUGGUUCCCUUUGGGGGAUCCGAAUGAGAGAUCUCAGACACCUUCACCGCGAAGCCAAGGACAUUUCUGUAUAAUCAGCGCAUGAAAGGAUUUUUUCAGACUCUUUCCUCCCAUUUUCCUCGAGGAUUAAUCCACCAGAAUCCACAGUUCCGGUGGAGACAGCAAGGCAUAUACAAUGUGGCAGAAACCAAGAGCGCCUUCGGAAUUGCUCUGGACCCUGCCUUAGGCAUAGAGGACUCUAUUGCACACGCCAUUCCCCUCCCCUGCCCCCAACUCCCUCUGACUACUCUCUUUGACUGGCUCUCAUUUUCCCGGUGAAGUUCUGUUUCCAAACUGUUCCCUGGAGCUAUAAGUGGAUUGGCAGUAAUGAGAGAUUAGGCGUUGGGAAAAGCACGGUGCCCUGUGCUGUGUCCUUUUCCUGCUGCCGCCACCGCCGACAUGAAGUGCUUUUUCCCAGUGUUGAGCUGUCUGGCUGUGCUGGGUGUGGUGUCAGCGCAGCGACAGGUCACUGUCCAGGAAGGACCCUUGUACCGCACAGAGGGCUCCCACAUCACCAUCUGGUGCAACGUGAGUGGCUACCAGGGUCCCUCUGAGCAGAACUUCCAGUGGUCCAUUUACCUGCCCUCUGCUCCCGAGCGUGAAGUCCAGAUCAUCAGCACAGUGGACUCUUCCUUCCCUUACGCCAUCUACACCCAGCGAGUCCGCAGUGGGAAGAUCUACGUGGAGAGAGUCCAGGGCCACUCGGCCUUACUUCAUAUCACAGACCUGCAAGCCCGGGAUGCUGGGGAGUAUGAAUGUCACACCCCCAACACCGAUGAGCGCUACUUUGGGAGUUACAGUGCCAAGAUGAACCUAGUAGUGAUCCCAGAUUCUCUGCAGACCACGGCUGUCCCCCAGACUCUGCACAAAGUAGAACAGGACCCUCUGGAGCUCAGCUGUGAAGUGGCCACUGAGACGGUCCAGCACACCCACCUCUCGGUAUCCUGGCUGCGGCAGAGGGGUGGUGAGAACCCUGUGGAGGUCAUUUCCCUGAGCCGAGACUUCAUCCUGCAUUCCAGCAGUGAAUAUACCCAGAGGCAGAGCCUGGGUGAGGUGCGGCUGGACAAGCUGGGGAGAAGCACCUUCCGCCUCACCAUCUUCCACCUGCAGCCUUCCGACCAGGGCGAGUUCUACUGUGAGGCUGCGGAGUGGAUCCAGGAUCCAGAUGGCUCUUGGUACGCCAUGACCAGGAAGCGCUCUGAGGGUGCCGUGGUCAACGUCCAACCCACUGACAAAGAGUUCACCGUACGUCUGGAAACAGAUAAGAGACUGCACACAGUGGGUGAGCCGGUGGAGUUCAGAUGCAUCCUCGAGGCUCAGAACAUUCCUGACCGGUACUUUGCCGUCUCCUGGGCCUUCAACAGCUCACUCAUUGCCACCAUGGGGCCUAAUGCUGUGCCAGUCCUCAACAGUGAAUUUGCUCACCGUGAAGCCAAGGGACAGCUUAAGGUGGCCAAAGAGAGUGACGGUGUCUUUGUGCUGAAGAUAUACCACCUUCGCCAGGAAGAUAGUGGCAAAUACAACUGCCGGGUGACUGAGCGAGAGAAGACUGUCACUGGAGAGUUCAUUGACAAGGAAAGCAAGCGGCCCAAGAACAUCCCCAUUGUCGUGCUCCCCCUCAAAAGCAGCAUGUCCGUGGAGGUGGCCAGCAAUGCCAGCGUCAUCCUGGAGGGUGAGGACCUGCACUUCUCCUGUAUUGUCCGAACAGUGGGCAGGUUGCAGGCCCGCUUCUCUGUCAUCUGGCAGCUUGUGGAUAGGCAGAACCGCCGCAGCAAUGUCAUGUGGCUGGACCGGGAUGGCACCGUGCAGCCGGGCUCAUCGUACUGGGAGCGCAGCAGCUUCGGAGGCAUCCAGAUGGAGCAGGUGCAGCCCAACUCCUUCAGCCUGGGCAUCUUCAACAGCAGGAAGGAAGAUGAGGGCCAGUACGAGUGCCACGUGACGGAGUGGGUACGGGCCGUGGAUGGGGAGUGGCAGAUUGUGGGAGAGCGCCGCGCCAGUACCCUGGUCUCCAUCACAGCCCUUGAAACGGGCUUUGCGGUCACAGCUAUCUCCCGGACACCAGGGGUUACCUACAGUGACUCCUUUGACUUGCAGUGCAUCAUCAAACCCCACUACCCAGCCAGAGUCCCCGUGUCUGUAACGUGGAGGUUCCAGCCAGUGGGCACAGUUGAGUUCCAUGACCUGGUGACCUUCACACGAGAUGGAGGGGUUCAGUGGGGGGACAAGUCAUCCACCUUCCGAACUCGGACAGCCAUUGAGAAGGCUGAGUCCAGCAACAAUGUCCGCCUGAGCAUCAGCCGGGCCAGUGACACGGAGGCAGGCAAGUACCAGUGCGUGGCAGAGCUGUGGCGGAGGAAUUACAACAACACCUGGACAAGGCUGGCGGAGAGGACCUCCAACCUGCUGGAGAUCCGGGUGCUGCAGCCAGUGACAAAGCUUCAGGUGAGCAAAUCAAAGAGAACCCUCACACUGGUGGAAAACCGGCCAAUUCAGCUGAACUGCUCAGUCAAGUCCCAGACCAGCCCGAACUCGCACUUCGCUGUGCUGUGGUAUGUUCACAAACCCUCGGACGCGGAUGGCAAGCUCAUUCUCAAAACCACGCACAGCUCAGCCUUCGAGUAUGGAACCUACGCCGAAGAGGAGGGUCUUCGAGGCCGGCUGCAGUUCGAGAGGCAUGUUUCAGGGGGCCUGUUCAGCCUCACUGUACAGAGAGCUGAGGUCAGCGACAGUGGUAGCUACUACUGCCAUGUGGAGGAGUGGCUGCUGAGUCCCAACUAUGCCUGGUACAAGCUGGCUGAGGAGGUUUCAGGGCGCACAGAGGUCACUGUGAAGCAGCCAGACAGCCGCCUGAAGCUCAGCCAAGCCCAGGGGAGCCUGUCUAUUCUGGAGACCCGGCAGAUACAGCUGGAGUGUGUGGUCCUGAACCGCACCAGCGUGGCCUCCCAGCUGGUGGUGGAGUGGUUCGUAUGGAAGCCCAACCACCCAGAGCGGGAAGUAGUGGCCCACCUGAGCCGAGAUGCUACCUUCCACUAUGGCGAACAGGCUGCCAAAAACAACCUGAAGGGGCGGCUGCACUUGGAGAGCCCAUCUUCUGGCGUGUACAGGCUCUUCAUCCAGAAUGUGGCAGUGCAGGACAGUGGGACCUACAGCUGCCGAGUGGAGGAGUGGCUGCCCAGCCCUAGUGGAGUGUGGUAUAAACGGGCUGAGGACACAGCUGGACAGACGGCCGUCACAGUCAUGCGACCUGACGCUGCCCUCCAGGUGGACACAGUGGUCCCCAAUGCCACCGUGACCGAGAAGGCAGCUUUCCAACUGGACUGCAGCAUCUUGUCUCGAUCAAGCCAGGACUCCCGCUUUGCCGUGGCCUGGUAUUCCCUAAGGACUAAAGGUGGAGGGAAAAGAGGCAGCCUUGGCAUUGAUGAGCAAGAGGAGGAGGAGGUGGUAUCAGAAGAGGAGGACUCCGAAGAUCCAACAGAGAGGACAGUCCUGCUGAGUGUGGGACCUGAUGCUGUCUUUGGUCCGGAAGGCAGCCCUUGGGAGGGCAGGCUGCGCUUCCAGAGGCUCUCGCCCCUGCUGUACCGGCUCACAGUGCUUGAGGCAAGCCCCCAGGACACAGGCAACUACUCCUGCCAUGUGGAGGAAUGGCUGCCCAGCCCUCAGAAGGAAUGGUACCGGCUGACGGAGGAGGAGUCUGCUCCCAUUGGAAUCCGGGUUCUGGACACAAGUUCCACCCUGCAGUCGCUCAUCUGCUCCAACGAUGCCCUCUUCUACUUUGUCUUCUUCUACCCUUUCCCCAUCUUUGGCAUCCUCAUCAUCACCAUUCUGCUGGUGCGCUUCAAAAGCCGGAACUCCAGCAAGAACUCAGAGGGGAAGAACGGGGUGCCCCUGUUGUGGAUCAAGGAGCCGCACCUCAACUACUCCCCGACUUGUCUGGAGCCUCCUGUGCUCAGCAUCCACCCAGGAGCCAUAGACUAAGGAGGCUGCGGUCCCCCCCAGCAGACGUUGCCCAUGGCAGGGUCGGGUCAGGGGAGCCCUGUGGGCUUUUCCUCGUUGCUUCAUGCUCUGUGAUUGGACAGGCGACGGCACCGAACUCUGCAGUUUCCCUGCAGGAACCAAUCAGACCUGGAAGGUGUUGGAGGCUUCCGGUCACGGAGAUGACCGCCUCCAGGCGGUGGUCCUGGUUAGCUAUUCACACCCAGGUGUCGUGAUGCCAACGUCCUAGGUUCCUAGUUUUUGGUUUUGGUAACUUAGUGCGUAGCUCCAGGUGCCGCAUCUACUCGCCAGUCUAUCUCAUGUUCUCAGAUCGGUGCUACGGGGUUUCCUGUUCUGUGUAAUGUACUCUUUUAGGUCCCUUUGGUCCUCUCCAUUUGGAUCCCAUAAUGUUGUGGAAGAGUUUCUCUCACAACUGAUAAGCAAGAGGAAGACGCCUUCAUAGUAACAAGGAAUCUCUUCCAAGACAUUUUUGUUUUUGCGCAUUUGAAAAUGCCACCCGUGGAUCAAAAUACACCCAAACAUUUUUUUUUUUUACUUUCUUAGCAAGACUUGAAAAAUAUGUGUAGCGUGGGCCCAAUUUGUAUCUUAUCUCUUCCCUCAGCCGUAGUCGUUGGAACCACUUUAUAGUCAAGAUGAAAGCGUUGAAUUUUGCUUCAAAGGACUGCACAUGUGCAGAAGAAACCCUGCAGAACCCCAUUAGGAGUAGAUGGUGUCCAGCCAGCCAGUCUGUCAGGGAGGCAAAAAAGGCUUCAGUUCCAUCCUUGCCAAAAAAAAAAAAAAAAAAAAAAAAAAAGCCAACUUAGAGGAUGGGUCAAGGGCUCCAGAUGGCACCAGUUCCUAGGGUUGCUCUGAGCAUUACCGACCUCUGUAUUUGUCAAAGGCAAUGAUUGGGGGGUGAGGGGGGGAGGGUUGGCUUGACUUUGUCGACCUCAGUCUCUUGACUUACCCCUGAGCAGGUAGCUUUCUUCUGUAGGUGCUUUGCCAAAUUUUCAAGGGGACAUGUUUAUUGAGGCUGGAAAGGGGCUGCCCUGAGUGGAGGGAACGUUAUGGCCGAAGUGGCCCUCGAGCACAGGCCCAGUGGAGCGUGCUGAGCUGUCACCCUGAGCUUAGCAGAGUGGAGGACUAGGAGGGGGUCUUAGAGCCUGAUGUUGAGAGGCUGGAGGAAUACUUUACCCCUCUGUCUUCCUUCCAGUGAGCCUUUUCUCAGUGAGGGCUUCCUUAUCCAUCACUGCUCUCCCCAAAUCUCAGUGCUGUAGGGAUAUUGUCCUAGGCUAGGACCAGGCACAGCCCUUUGCAAUUCUUGUUGUCCCCCUAUUUUCAACAGACAACUGAGAACAGGAGUUGUCACUUUCCUGUGCGUGAGUGUGCGUGUGUGCACAUGUGUGUGUAUGUACGUGUGUGUGUGUGUGUGUGUGUGUGUGCUCUCGUGAGAGAGA